AUGUCGAUGGGCUUAUCGGCACCACACUCUGUCCUCAAGCAUGGCGCUUCCGAUGGCCAGACUCGCGCCGGAGGGGUUGUGAAACCGCAUGGCUGCCUCAAUCGCUCGGAGGACCGGUUGGCUUCGAGUGAUAAUGGCACCAAGACGAAGGCCAGCGGCGCCAAAAUCCUUACUGAGUCCGUAGGUGACGUGGAGAAGGCUCGGGUCAAUGAGGCUUGUGGAAUCUAUUGA